UUGAGCUCCUUCUUUCUGGCAGGCCAGAGUGACCAGCCCACAGCAGCUGCCUGAACUAUGAAGCUGGUGACAGUCCUCAUACUGACUGCCCUCCCCCUGUACUGCUAUGCAGGGAUUGGCUGUGACCUUUUGGAUGAUGUGGUCAAUAUUACCAUUGAUCCUGAUGUGAAUGUGACAGAAUACAUCAAUAACAUGCAAGAGUUCUUACCAGGUGAAGAAACAGAAAAAUCCUUCAUAUUGCUGAAGGAAUGUUUUCUCCAUCAGAGCAGAGAAACUCUGGAGAAGGUCCAAGAGAUGCAGGAAGCAAUAUACAGCAGCUUUUGGUGUGCUCGGUAUUAACUUCCACACGACCUCAGAGAUUGUCCAGAAACCGACUGUUCAUGGUAGAAGCCACAGCUUAGCUUUCCUUCUUUUUCUUUGGAUCUACAAAUGCAAGACAAUUGUUGAAACCUCACAUGCAAUUUAAUUUCAUAAAACAUUUGCAAAACUA